UCCAUAAAAUAGCUAAACUAUCUGCACACGGUUCUGACUUUGUCGCUUUAAAACCACUUCAAAUCCUUACAUAAAUUGAAAAGCUCCUUUUUGUUUUCAAUACCCAUAUUUUAGCCAUGGCAAACUUCAAAAAGGUCGUAUGUUGGUCCAUUCUAUUUCUUCUCCCCGCUAUAGUAUUAGGGGAUUGUACUUGUGAUUCCGAAGACCAAGGGAUAAAAAAAACCGAGGCACUCAAGUACAAAAUUGCAGCGCUUGCUGCCAUUUUUGUUUCGAGUGCAAUUGGGGUGUGUAUUCCAGUACUUGGAAAAGCAAUUCCCGCCUUAAGCCCUGAUAAGAAUUUUUUCUUCAUGAUUAAAGCUUUCGCGGCUGGUGUGAUCCUAGCCACGGGUUUUAUACACGUACUUCCUGAUGCAUUUGAAAGUUUAACUUCGCCGUGUUUGAAAGAACACCCAUGGGGAGAUUUUCCUUUUAGUGGAUUUGUGGCAAUGGUUGCUGCAAUGGGGACUCUGAUGGUGGAUACUUAUGCGACUUCAUAUUUCAAUAAGAAAUCCAAGGAAACUGGAGUUGUGGCUCAGUCUGUAGAUGAAGAAGGAGCUAUUAAUAAUGUUCAUUUGCAUGCUGCACAUGGACAUGCACAUGGUUCAUUAGUAGUGACGGGUGAUUCUGAGUCCGAGCUCCUUCGUUAUCGUGUUAUCGCUCUGGUUUUGGAACUAGGGAUAAUUGUACACUCUGUGAUUAUUGGAAUAGCUUUGGGUGCUUCUGAAAGUCCCAAAACAAUAAGGCCUCUUGUAGGUGCUUUGACUUUUCAUCAAUUUUUCGAAGGCAUGGGACUUGGUGGAUCCAUUGCUCAGGCAAAAUUGAAGUCUCGUGCAAUUGCAAUUAUGGUUUUAUUUUUCUCUCUCACAACUCCAAUCGGAAUAGUAAUUGGAAUAGGAAUAACAAAUAUUUACGAUGAAAACAGUCCAACAGCUCUUAUUGUGGAAGGAAUAUUUAAUUCAGCUUCAGCUGGUAUCUUGAUUUAUAUGGCAUUGGUUGACUUUUUAGCUGCUGAUUUUAUGCAUCCAAGAAUGCAGGGCAAUGGAAAGCUUCAAUUAGGGGCCAAUAUUUCACUUCUUCUUGGUGCUGGACUUAUGGCUCUCAUAGCUAAAUGGGCCUAGCUAAUUGAUCAAAGCACAUUAUUGUUAAUUUCACAUUUGCUUGUUCUGCAUUAUUUUUAAUAGUUGGUUAUACAAUAUAUGACUGUAAAUCUUUUUAAACUACAUUGUGUUAGGGAGAAAAAGUUUCGGACUUCUAUAAAUUGAGGAUCCGUCGCUCACACACAAAAUAACACAAUAACAUGCACAAUGUAGUCGUUUAAGAGUCUUGUUUUGGAGGAGAUUAUUCUCUCAUAAUUUUUAUGUUUUUCUUUUAUAUUAGUUUUCAAUAUGUAGGUCACUUGACCAAACCAUAUUAUAAUA